AAUACAAACAAACAAAUAACGAUAAACAGAACAGAUCAGUUUUCAAAAUGAAAGUAAAAAGUUAGACAUGGCAUCAAACUCAAUUUUAUGCGGACCCUGCGAGUAUCGACAUGUGACGAAUAAAGCCGAAUUUUGGUGUUCAGUUUGUGAAGAGGGUUUGUGCAUUGAUUGCCAUGGCCACCAUUCUGCCAUUAAGUCUACGAGAGAUCACGAAAUAAUAACGGUAAAGUUAUACAAAUCUCUGCCGACAGGAAUGCUUUAUGUAAACUCGGAAUGCGAUCUUCAUAAUGAAAAGUUUGAAUUGUACUGUCCAUCGCAUGAAAUUCACUGCUGUGUGAUUUGCGCGAGUACUAAACAUGAACAUUGCACAGGUGUAACUUUACUCAAGAAAGUUGUUCAAAAUAUUAAAUCAUCAACAUCUUUGUCGAGCAUGGUGCGUAUUCUAAAGGAAAGAUUACAAAAUAUGGAUGGAUUAAUUGAAAACAGAAUGGUCAACUUAAACGAAUUUGACGCUGACAAAGAUAACUUCAAAAAAGAAUUUAAAAAUGUACGCGUGGACAUUGAGAGCAAACUCGAUUUUUUGGAAACAAAAAUACUGACUGAAGUUGAUUUAAUCCAUCAAAAACACAAAACUGAUAUUGAUAACACUGUAGAAAAACUUCAACAGAAACGAGACGCACUAUACCAGACGCUGGUUGAUUUUGAGAACCUGCAGAAAAAUGCAAGCCUCUUCCACAUCUACAUGGCUAUGAAGAAACUUGAAACUGAUUCGUUGAAAGAAGGUGAGGAACUUAAUUUGCUUCUAUCAGAAGAAGGAAUGAAAUCUAAAAGAUUUUCAUUCUCCCUAAAUACCGACUUAUCUAGCAUCCUUUUGGAAACCGCCUUUCUGGGAAAUAUAGCUGUUAGAACCAACUCGCAUCCAGAACACGACGGAAUCAUAGAUUUUCCGUCUAGUGCACAAAUUUCUACGACAGUUUCAACGAAAAAUGUUACCUCCGUGAAAAUUAAGAAGAAUCUAGUAGGUUUCAAUUUUCCAGUGGAAGAUGAUAUUAACAUUUCCAGUGUCAUUGUCCUCCCUGACCAACAGAUUUUAUUGGCAGAUUAUGGAGAGGCAGGUGGAAUUUUAUUGUUCAGUGACAGUGGAACCUUUAUAACAAAGAUAGUAGAAUUUGGAAAGCCAUAUGGAACAACUCUUAUCGAUGAUUCCCGAAUGGCAGUUUCUUUUCCAAAAAAAGAAAAUAUCAAAAUACUUAGAUUGGGCUCACGGUUUUCCCUGAUUAGAACAUUGCAAUUGGAUGUUGAUUUAAACGCAAUCUCUUAUUAUGACAAGUAUCUUCUUGUUUGCUCAAGGCCGCGAAAUGUUCUGUUUGUCGAUUUACAUGGUGCUAUUGUUAAGAAAUUGGAUUUGGAACUACCUUACGGAUCUAUAACUUUUAUACACUGUCAAAGCCAUCGGAUUCUAAUUUCUGAAUUUGACAGUGACAUUGUUCACUGUUUUAACCUUAAAGGAAAAGAAUUAUGGAAGGCAAAUUUUGAAAGAGGUAAAGAUACCAGAAAUGUAUGUGCUGAUAAAUACGGAAAUGUGUUAUGCGUUGGAAUGAAUAGAAAUACUCUUGUAUGUUUAUCUAAGGAUGGUCAAAAGAUGCACGAUUUAGCCGCUGCACAAAGUCAUUUAAUAAAGCCUAAAGCUAUAUUUUAUGAUAAAAGCUCCGAGUCCCUUCUGAUUGCUGGUCGAGAUAUGCAGUUUGCUGGAAUUUUUGAACUGGUUUACUGAUUUUACUGAUUUCGGAAUUUAUUUGUUAAAGGACAUUUUUUUUUAAUCUGAUGACCGCAUAUUAAAAAUAUUUGAUUUUUCAA